AUGGAGGCCAACAUGCCAUCAGUCAUUCAUUACAGCAGGCUGCCUUCGGCCGAUCACGUCCGCUUCGUGGACAUUGAGGGAGCCCGGAACGUCGACGACCCGGUGGUCUGCCGCCUGGUGACGCUGCCGCUGCGCGACAGCGGCGACUUUGUCGUCGUGACGGGGCUGCUGGGCGACGCAAGCAAGCUCGAGACGAUCAUCCUGGACCGAUCGCAUUUGACGAUACCGGCAAACGUCGCUCACGCCCUGAAGCAUACCCGCAACGUCUUCCACCCGAUCAUUCAGCAGAAAAGGGCCCACGACAGCGCAUCCGAGAGCGGCAGCUUUAACAAGAAGAAAGAGGCCGGCAGCAGCAGUAUGGGCAGCGGCGCCAGCACCAGCACCGGCAGCGGCAGUGUGGGCAGCGGCGGCCUGGCGCCCGGCUGGCUGAAGAGCCUCUUUCGGCACGUCGCCGACCGGGACCGCGACAACGGACGGCGGCGGCUACGGGUAUGGAUUGACUGCAUCAGUCUCAACCGCACCGACGCGGCCGAGCACGCACGAGUCCGGACUACCAUGUACCAGGUCUACCAGCAGGCCCAGAUGGUCAUCGGCUGGCUCGGGCUCAAAAGGCCGCAGACAGACCUGGGCAUCCAGCUGAUACAGGACUUUGACGCGGCCAUGCCCAAGACCUGGCAGGAGCCCGGCGACCGUGAGGCACACCCCGAGAACUACGCACCGCAGCAUCAGUGGGCCGUGCCCCUGCUCCCCCUCGGCUACUUCAACCACAAGCACGACUCUGUCAUCGGCUGCAUCGACCUGCUCAACCGCGACUUCUUCCACCGUCGCUGGAUCCUCGAGGAAAUGGCCAUGGCCCGCGUGCCCGCCUUUCUCAUUAGCAACCGCAUCGUGUCAUGGAAGCAGAUCGUGCGGCUCAACCUGUCGAUGGAGGAGUUUAAGGACUACGAUUCCGACGUUUGCCCGAUCGAGAUGCGGCCACGCAUCCACGAAUUUCCCCUGGGCACCAUCCAUCAGCUGCUGGACGAGUUUGAGAAGACCAAGGCCAUGUCCAAAACCACGAGCAACCCGCAGCCCAUCGUCUCGCCACUGCUGGAUAGCAGUCGGAGCGAAGAAAUGAGGAAACGCCAAGAACCUUGGCGGUGA